CAGUACUAUAAAGUGGCGAUUUUGCUGUGUUUAACAAAGCAGUGUUUUGCAGGGGGCUUAAUAAAGCGUAUGUCGGGCAUAACAAACCAGAGUAUGUUUUGCACUUCUUCAUCACACCGAGUUUUGCAGCGUUUAAUAAAGCAGUUUUGUACUAAUAAAUAAACCAGAGUCUGUCACAGCGUUUAAUAAAUCGGAGUUUCGCGGCGCUUAAUAAACCAAUCUUGCUUAACGUUUCAUAAAUCAGAGUCUUUCAAUAGAAACCAAGAGCUUUGCGGUUCUUAAUACAGCGGAGGGUUUUGCUCAUUCCGCCUGGUGAAGUGAUCUGGAGCAGGAGUUGCAUUUCUCCAGGAUCUCCACUAGGAAGCUGCAUUGCUCUCUCUCCAUCUCCAUCUCCCUCUCCCUCUGUGAUUGUGCCAGAACCCUCUCCAUCUCCAUUUCCAUCUGUUGACCUCGUCGCGCUGAAGAAGACAAGGGAGGGAGAGUGGGACAUGACAAGCCGCCCCUCAGCCCAGCCCAAAGUUGACCAGAGUGACUCGGCUGCGAGAGACCGCUUGACGGAAGGAGCCCGGGGGUGAGGGUGGGUGGAAGAGGGGCUCAGCUGGCCCGACCUGCGGACAGGAGGAGAGGGGACCGAGAGUGAAGGGGGUGCCUGGUUCGAGCCUCUGCUUUGCCGGUGUGUCAUUGGCUGGACGUGAUGGUGUGAGAGUUUCUGGUGCCUAUAAGGAUUGGGAUAUGAUUGGAUCUCUGGUGGUGUAUUUUUCACGUGACGAUUCUUGCUGUGCUUCACUGUGUCCAGAAGCCCAUGGUUGUGAGGCCUUGUUCAUUUUCCUAUAAAGUAUCUUGAAUGUUUGCACUGGGAUUUAUUUCUGUUGACUCAGGAUAUGGCUUUGCAGCUGCUUUGCGAGUGAGCCUUAAGAAGCCCUCACCAUUUCCCACUCCAAGCUGAGCAGAUUUCGAAAGACAUUCUUGAAAAUGACCAGCCUUUUCCGGCGGAAUAAUAACAAUGGCAACUCCAAGAAUGGCUCAGCCAACGCGCCGUCACAGCUGCUCAACAACAGCAGGCCGCCCCGACAGGUCCGGAGACUUGAGUUCAACCAAGCCAUGGAGGACUUCAAGGUUAUGUUUCCAAACAUGGACUACGAUGUGAUCGAGUGUGUCUUGAGGGCCAACAAUGGAGCGGUGGAUGCCACCAUUGACCAGCUGUUGCAGAUGAACCUGGACUGCGGAUUUGACAAUGGCUAUGAUGAUAGCUCGGACUCUGAUGACAGUAUUCCCCCAGAGAUUUUGGAGAGAACGCUAGAACCGGACAGUUCUGAUGAAGAGCCUCCUCCUGUGUACUCUCCUCCUGCCUAUGACACGCAUGUUUUUGACCAGGGUUAUCCGCAGCUCCCCCCACUGCCACCUCGACGGGUUGACGCACAAAGCUCUGGUGGGAACCACUCGAAAGCGCGCUAUCGGAAUUGGAAUCCGCCAUUACUCGGUAACCUGCCUGACGAUUUUCUGCGAAUAUUACCUCAACAGCUUGAUGUGGUGCAGAACUCUCAGAAAGCCCAUCGUGGGAGCGGCCAGGAGUCACAAGGAUCACUCGAGCAGGAGCGAAAACUGAAGCAGUACCUGGAGGAUGAGCGGAUUGCGCUCUUCCUGCAGAAUGAGGAGUUCAUGAAGGAGCUGCAGCGGAAUCGGGAGUUCUUACAGGCACUGGAAAAAGACCGGCUAAAGUAUGAGUCAAAAAAAUCAAAGUCCAACAGCGCGAAUGAGUCUUUGCCCUCUGGCAGCAUUAGUUUGCCCUCAGCAGUUCCAGUUGAAUCUGGUGCCUCUGGUGUUGCGGAAUCGAGCAAUCUAGUAUUUGAUGAUGCCAUGUUCAGGGACAAACUGAAACACAUGGGAAAAUCGACGAGGAAGAAACUUUUCGAGCUGGCCCGAGCUUUCUCUGAGAAGACAAAAAUGAGGAAGUUGAAGCGAAAGCACUCCUUAAAACAUCACACUCUCGGAACAGCAACCUCCACAGCAAACCUCCUCGACGAUGUAGAAGGGAAUUCUUGUGAUGAAGAUAUCCAAUUCAGGAAGCAGCAGCCCUUACAGGAGGAAGAUGAAGAAGAUAAGGAUGGACAGUCAUGAUCCUGACACCUUUUCUGCUGAAGGAGCUGUUUUCAGUGAUUAGGCAAAAGGACUAUUAUUCUUCACAGAUGAAGUUCAUGACAUCUCUUCAUCUGCUUUUUAAUAAUUUCUGUAAUGAAUAAGGCAUAAUUAAAUGGAAAAAAAAAUCAAGAGAUACCCAUCCGCCACCGUUGUAAGUGCAGGGUUUGGGUAUAUUCACAUUUUUAUCUUUAAUUAUCUGUUUAACUCAUCAAAUUAUAGAUGUCCAGAUUUUUCUAUCUAGACCUUGCCAUAGUCCUAACCCUGACUCACAAUGGUUAAGAGCAACUGGUAGAGGGCCGAGCCUAGUUUUUAAACUAUAUGUAUUACAAUAUUUUUUGAUAGAACAGGCCGACUGCAGGCAUUGAAGUGUAUUCCAUUUGAGCUGCUGUUUGAUUCAACUAGGCAGCAUAAUUCCUUAGCUCACUGUCAAAUGAUGUCCUUAUUGGUUGUUGUGUGCCUAAUGAUAUAUUGUAUUAAUUAACAAGCCCAUUCAUUAAGCCAGAACGAUUAUGUAAAUGUUUCUGUUGUAAUUACUGGGCCAGUUUGUUAUUUUCCUUUUUUUUAAAGAAAUUCUAGAUUGUAGUGCAACAGGAUGGACUGAUAUGAAUAGCCAUUUGAUUGUUAUGGUAAACAUCGAUGGAUAUGGAGUUUCUGGGGCCUUUGUAACAUCGAAUCGCAAUCCCACCCCACCACAAAAACAUCAGUUGGACACUCAGCCAGAAUGAUCAUUUGUCAGCAGGAUGUCUUGUCUGAUACAAGUAUUAAAACAGAUCACUGCAGCUCAAAGUGAAAGAGACUAUACAGCAUAUGAACCACAGUUUAAAGUGCCCUAUUACUGCGUGGACAUGUGUGAUGUGAGGAACACACAAUUCAAACUGAUGAGGAAUUUUCUAAUGCUUUCAAAAUUCUGUUCAACCCUUUCACCUCAGCUAGCCUGAGCUAUGGAAAAUCAAAAAAUAUGGCAGAAAAUCCAAUUGGUUCUGUUCCUCCCUUAAGUAUUGGCUUUGUCAGGUUGUUCACCUUUGUUUAUAUUCCAGUUGAAUGUCACCCAUUUCUUCACUUCCUUCAGUCGUAUAGCGGGGAGACAGAUGUGUAACCAUGGCAAUUGAACCAAAAGCAUUCUGGCCAGGCUUGCACACAGGUCGGCCUUUGAGGGGGACUUGAGCCUCAAACAGCCACUAUAAAAAAAGAACUUUUAGAUAUCUCCUUGCAGCUGCUUACAGUUUAAGUAAUAAUUUGACAAUGGAUCAUUUAUCUGCCUUUUCACCAUUUUAAAAAAGAACAGGAGGAAAAGAAAUUAAAAUGCUGAGGUAUGAAAUUGUCUGGUUGCUGUGUAAAGUUCACUUGCUUGAGAUUGCUAGCAAAAACGUUGCAAAGAAAUUUACAGGGUGACCUGCCCAGCUUUAAUUUUUUUUAAAAUUGGAAUUCAGUGGUGGCAAAAGGGUUACACUUGUGAGAAAUAAACCUUUUUUUCCCCAAGGUUGCUGUUUUGUAAGAUUGUAUGCAUGAAUAUUACAGCACACUUUGAGAAAAUUAUAGAAAGCACAUGAAAGAUAUCUACAUAUCUAGACCCCAAGACCCUGCUUUGGAUAGAAUUCAUUGUAAGUCACCUUUUUUUAACCAACGUAUCACUUGUGCUAUACUGACUAUCUGGUUAAACAUCUGGUGAGAGAGUGAAUUAAAUAAUCUGGUGGGCAUCUCUCAAGUGGAACAGUUUGAAAUCCUCGGCCAACCUCUCAUCUAACAUACUCUGAGGAAAGAAACUAUUCAGAGAUUGAUACAUUAAUUUGGAAGACUGGAGGCAAAUUUAAUAUUUUAUUUUAAAUCAUUUACAAUCUCUCGAGAAAAUUCACAGGAAUCAUUUUUUUCUAUCUUCAUAUCUAAUACCUGUCAAUUCUGCUGAUUCCCAUGUAGAUCAGAAAGAAGGUGGCUGGAAGGGGUGGGAAUGGCUGCUACAACAGGUUGCAGCUGUUGUACAUGUAAAAUUGGGAAAGAAAAUGAAUAAGACUGCUGUAGAACAUUAAAACGAGGACGGACAACUUAGGUCAAAUGCAAUGAAGCAUGUGUAAAUGGGAUGUGUACCAGUUAAACACAGUGCCUGACCUGGACAAUGUGUCAAGUUUCUGUCUCUGACCUCUUCAGGAGUUGAACCCAUUCAGAGCGACCUUAAUAUUAAAAUAGCCACUCAUUUAGGAUGGGCCAGUGCGAGUGAGCGAAUCAUUGUAAAUGAUUUGUUCUGAUGUGAACAGUGAGCAACGCUAGGAAAGAAAAUAACUCCACUGUUGGAAGGGAGCAUUCACUUGUGAUUAUGAAUGCAGACCAUUUGCUGAUGUCGCAACUUUCUUCCAAAGCUGGGGUCACCUGCACUACAGGGAAAGCCUGGACAGUGACGGAUGUUCCUGAAGGCCCUUCAGAUAACUGAAUGUAGGAUAGCUUCCAAUGUCUGACCUUGGGGUGGAUGUAAGGGAGCCACAGUUGUAGACCAACCACACAAUCUAGUGCCAACAUGACACUGAACUGGCUUCUGCCAGGCUUAUUUCUGAAGCAUCCAGAAUUAGUAGUGAUAAUUGGAGGAAAAGAAUAAAGAGCCGCUUGUUUUGCCAAAUAAAACGCACGUGCAAGAACCUGAAAGAAAUCGGGCAAAGCCUGGAGUUUCCUUCUUAGGACAUGACCCAUCUUCUACCUCUAAGUUACACCCUACUGUAUUUUUCCAUCGCAUCAAAUGCUGAAUUUGACAGUACUGUAUACUUACCAGGCCCAAUAGGGCCUGGAUCUAAUGUAUCAUCAUUGCUACUCAAGUGCAACAAGUAGAAAUUGAGGGGAAAUGUUUUGCAGUCAAAAGGUGUUCUUUAAUAGAUAUGUAAUCGACAGAAGUUGUACCUGGUGUAAAGUCACAGCAUGGAAUCUGUUACAGCUCAUUCAGGAUAUAUGGUGAGGUAUAAAAUCAAUCAGCACCACUGUCAAAAAUGUCUUUACAACUAGUAAACUUAUAGAUGGAUUACAGUCCACAAACUUUGCUGACUUUUGUGAGAUAAAACAUAUUGUAGUUGACUGUGAGUUAAUUUUUUAAAUUGUAGGAUUCCCUGUGCCGGUAUUGGAAGAGCUGUUCAUUCACUUAAAUGUAAGGAUUCUGGUGCCUAAUGAUGUAACGUAUUAUAAUGUAGCACCACAGAUUUGGAAUCUGAGGUUUUGCUGCUAGAUUUAACUCUUGUGUCGAGACAAGCUCCUCUCAGAUUAGGAAGGUUCUGAGUUGUUAGUGUUAGCCACCAAGAUGACUGCCAAAUUGGUCAAAGAGAAUUCCACCUUGGGUUUUUAUGCUGCACUAGAACUUAGUGACUGACCAAAGGACAGUAUGGCUGGAGGCCAUGGCAAUACCUUUGGUCACCAAGUACCUCACAAGAAUAUGAAGUGGGGGCAUGAGGAUCAAAAACUUCAAAUGUAAUGAGAAGUAGUAAAUGGAAAUGCAUGUCACUCGAUGAUGGACCCAACUUCAGUGCAACAAGGUUUUCUUUUUAAUUAUCAUAUGCAAUUAUGUGUAUAGAGAGUGUGGCUAACUCCCGGGGUGUCUGUCCCAGAAACUGGGCACAUACUUUUCAAUCAAACCAGGAAGAAUGAUAAAAAAAAAGCUGGUGAUUGGAAACGGGAUGACUAUUGCUUUUUUUUUUGCCCUAUUACCAUUUUAAAGGGUGGCCAAGAUAACUCUCUCACUCUCUCUUCCCAUUUUUGGAAUCUUCAGAGGCCCUGCCUGUGAGAAUCAAUGGAAUUGGGGAAAAGGAAGUCCAACUGAGGUCUUAAUGUUGGAGUGAAGUGAUUAGAAUGAACAAGAUAAAAUUGUGCGCAGUGUUUUGAAUUUCUCGUUAUUAGGCAAGGCUAGCGAGAGUCACAUGCUGCAGGACAGAGAGCACCGGAGAAAAGAAUAUGGAGAAUAUGGAAAGCUCGGAGUAGAAAUGUUGCAGGCUUGACAGAUCCGUAAAAGAGUAUGCUGCUGCAUCACUUGAAGACGCUCAGAAGAAUGUUUGAAUCUGUUAGUCUUUGAAGAAUGUUUGAUUCAAAUUGACCAUGAUGCACCUCAUGUUCCCUGAACUAAUUAUUUGUAGCAGCCCUGUUACAAACUGUGUGUUAUUGAAUGUUGUCCAACUCCAUCACUCCACUUGUUGAGGUGUUUUUGGUACAGUGUUGGGUUCUGAGAAGGUAUAUUUGAAGCUUUUUUUUCUAGGGAGGUGCCUGUUGAAUAGUUUGGUAACUGACUUAUCCUGCUUUAGAAAGGCAUUUUCUUUUUUUUCACAUCAACCUGCGAGCUCUGUUUCUGACUGCUCACCUGACCCAUUGUGCCAUUCAUUGACUCACAUUCCAGAUUCCUUUCUGUCCCAUGGGAGAUAGUGCCCAGCCUGAUGUAGUGUGCAUCUGUGCCAACAGAGCCAUCAAUGAAUAAUCAAAUGUUUGUCUGAAAAUUCUGAGAAUUAAGGUUACUGUAACAUUUUCCUGUAAUUUAUAAUAGUGGGAUGGUCUCCAGUGACUAUGCAUGUUUCUGUAGGUCUGAGUUCAGGUGUUUCUAGAUAAGAUUACCUUUCAUAAAUAUUAGACUAUUCAUCCAGAGCCAUUAUUUGUAUAGGGAUUGGUAAAAGAAUGUUCUGUUUUAACUGUGAUGCUAAGUUAUCAUUGGAAUAAAUUUAUAAAUGAAUCAUUUUUAACUACACUGGAGCAUUGCUGUAGUAGGUCGUUUGGAACAGGUGAAUUAAUUAGUAGAAGAAUGGAUAAAGUGUUAUUGUUAGGGUAAGAAUUCACAGAACCUCCACUAAGCUGUUGAAAGAAAAUGAAGAAAAUACACAUUAUGUUUAAGAUCUCCUUUGAUUGAUUUUUCCAAUGUUUACUGACAGAUGUCCCCUGGACAUUAAAUCUUGAAUUCCAGGAGACACCUGGAACUGCAGGGUUGGUAAUGAAGAAAGGUAUCUUUGGCUGGUUCCUGUGUGCUAUAUUUUGAAAAGCUGUCAAAUGGAAGCCAUUUGGGCUGUGGUGACAUCCUGUGAGCUCGCUGUUUGCUGCAUUCUUUGAGAAUGAAUGAAUGAAGAUUUAAAACUCUAAUCUUGUAAUUUCUAAGUACGUGCAGUCUUAAGGUGGAGCAUUGAUCAUAACUGGGAGCUAAAUAGUGGCAGAAUUGGCAAAGGACUGGUGCAGGCAAGGAAGCUUGCUGUCCAGCAAGAGACAAAGGUAAAAGGCUAAAAGCACAAACCAUAGGGAGAAGGUGAUUUUACACAAGUGCCCCUGCUAGAAAUAAAUUAUAAAAACACUGGCAGGAUUUUUUUUAAAAGACAUUUCAUAUUCUUCCCAAGUCUGACAACAACCUUUAAACCCGCACAAACAUGGUGGACUCUGUAAUCUCUUGUUUGACACCCCGUUAUGACCUGACUUAAUUCUUAAUCAACACAGGCACAUUCAUUGCUUGUUUAAAAAUCUAUAUAUUCUAGGACAUUAAAAAUAUCAGUCAUUUGCCAAACUAAUCAAGUGCAACUUGUUCACUGGCAAAUUGAUUAAUGAGCAAUUGUCCCUUCCUGUCAAUUCUAAUUUUGUCAAGGGAGGGACUGAACAGGCCUCUCUCCACUUUACUGUGCAAUUGUAUCUUUAAAGAGAGUGGCUUCACAAUCUUUGGACUAUGUAUUUAUUAGUCACGAAGAGAAGGCUUUUAUUGAUUUCCCAACAAGACGGAAUAUAGAUGUAGUACCUUAUGUUCAGAUAUCAAACUUUUUUUUAGGUUUUACUAUGGAAUUAAACUUGUCUGGAGGUGCUUGAUAAUGGCUUGUGCCAUUAGGACAUGCUGGGUGAAGUAUGUGUCUAGUUAUUUGGUUGUACAGAACUUCUUCAUUGUGCAAAGGAGAGACAUGUUGGUGAAGCUUUUUGACUUGCACUCAUCCGGAAUGCCAAAUACAGCAGGGAAAAAGGUUGUCAAAUUGACUCUGAUUGGCCGAGGUAUUGCAAUUGAGAGUGUAACAAGUAACUUUGAGUCCCUAACUUCUGGAUAAUUGAAAAAAAUGCGCAAGACUCAAAUGAAUCUCUUUUGUUUGCAGCAAAAUUAUUUUGAUACCAAGCCAUAGCAGGAGAUAUCAGAAAUGCCAGUUAAAAUCUUGAUUAAAGACCGAGGUUUUUAAAAGGAUCCUGUAAAAGUGGGCUGGAGAGUUUCAGGGAGGGAAUUCCAGGUAUACAGACAAUUAAGAGGCAAUUUUCCAACCUGGCCCUUACAAUUGGGAGUCUUACUUGCCAAGUUUUCAGCUCAGAGAUCCAUCUGUAUGUUUUCCCUGUUGUCUAAUCAUUCACAAUAUUCGUCGAUGACUGCACAUAGCGCAAGAUUUAGAUGCAUGCUCUGGGAUGGUUGUGUUCCCCAUUGGGAGCACCAAUUGCAACAUAUUACAAUAACAAUGAUUUGUUACACAAAAACUGAUCUCUUCUGUCCCAUUGCUGUUUUUUGCACCUUGGGUGCAGGAAAAUCUAUUGUGUUUCUAUAAAGGAAUCUGACGUUGAUUAAUUAUUGGAUUUGGUGAGUGUGCAGAGCCAGUUGGCUCCAUUGUUGCCUUAGUGUGGGAUAUUGUUUCAGUUGUGUCAUGUACUCAACGGAUAUAACUCCAGUUGCAGAAAACUCUCGAUCAGUCAGAUUCUGUGACUGGGAUGGCCAUUAAUUCAGGAAUUUUUACUAACACAAUAAUAUCUUCAAGCUACAUAACCGAUUCAUAUCAUAACUUCCAGGUGUGAUUCUAGAUACAGGGUUAUUCCUUUAUGGAAUGAUUGUAUUCAUAUCCAGUAAAAAGCACUGUGACAAUUUGGAAGCACUCUAUCUGAUGUAGAAUUAAAUAUUAAUUGCAUUUAAUUUUGUGCACAGCUCCAUAUCAUCCUGGAGGCGUUGUAUUCAUAGCUUGGCAUAGGUUCUCUGAGCCUUGGCAGCACAAUGUUAAAACCUAAGUGUGGGUUCUAAUUUGAGGCUAAUGUAUUCAGAGCUAUACCUCACUCAGGGAUAUCCUGGUGACUCUCUUCAAACAUGUUUGUUUUGUGAAGCUGUAUUAUUCAGGAAUUUUGUGGAAAAAAAUGUCUGAUUUUGUGGAGGUUAUUUUCUGGUAAUGGUGUUUUUAAAUUGAGCUAUUGAAAGCUGUGCUGAAUGAACAUUUAAGAGAAAGCUAAACCUGAAACUUGACUAAUGGAUAAAACCAAUAAUUUAUUGAAGCAUAAAUUAUUGUAAAAGUAAACUAAUAAUCGUGUAUUGGGCCCCAUGUCUAACAAUACAAAUCCCCUGAGCAUUCACAUCUCUGAGAGCUCUGUGGAACAUGACUAAUGGCUUAUAUGUUUCUUCUUUAAAUAUUGCUCCAGUCUCCAUUCAGGCACCGUUUUCCACAUGGGCUACCCAGUAUCUCUUUCUUUCUCUCAACCAGACAUACACACAUGUGCAUUCACAUGACACACCACCCCCCCCCCCCCCCCUCCCCCACCUUCCUAAUCUUAACAUGUGCACCCCACGUUUCACGUUGGAAGAACAUGAGCUUUCCAUACAGGCAUAGAUAAAGAACUUAAAUCUUGCGAUAAAGGUUCUUGCCUGUGGAUUGAAGGGGUGACUUCGCUUUGUUGCAAUGGCAUGUUCAGUAUCUAUAUUUUACUGCUUUUUGCCUAUUCCUUCCACCUCAUCAUAGGCUAGCCCCCAGUGUUCGAAACCACUCUGCAGCCCAUGUGAGAGAGAGAGAGAGAGAGAGAGUCUUCCUGAAGCCUUGUAAAAACCUCACUUCAACUGUGUCAUUCCCUGCUUUCCUGGAUUAUGUUUGAUAGCAUUCUCUUUCUCAUCCAAUAAAUAACUCUUCAGAUGCUCAUCAUUUGAGGUUUGUUGUGAAUGCCAUAAUGCUCUGACUUAGUUACCAUUGCAACUCUGAUUCUUUUAUUAAUUAUAUUUUCUGGCAGUGUUUUGCAUUUGAAGUUACAAUGAUUUAUGAUUUGCGUACAGAUGUCCUUCAGAGAAACAGAAUUCAAAUUGGGUUAAAUAGUCCAAUGUUGAUCAAAUUUUAUUCUCCUAGUCAUGAGUAUUUCUUGGAUUAAUUUUUUUAUAAUAAAUGAUAUCCUAAGUAUGCAGCCGGAGUUGUAAUUAGCUUCUGUUAAGAGUCGUAAGAGUAAAGGAAAAUGUUUUAACAGUGAGAUAACAAAAAAUAUCUUAAGAUUGUAUUUGAAUGUUCGAAUGUAGAUGGAAAAUGUGAACCUAUGACCAUAUAUAUGCCUGUUGCUCCUACGUUAAUGUACAAAAAAUUAUGUGAAGUACAAAGAGCUUUUAAAAUGAUUGAGUUUGUGAUUUUGGUAACUGAGUAUAUUUCCAUAUCUGAUUUUUUUUCUUAAUAAACUUAAUGCUGUUUUGUUUGUUAAUAGUGACCUUCAAUUAUAAUAAACUUGUGUUGUAUUA